CAAUUCAGCAACCGCACCAAUGGCGGGCCUUUUUGGGACGGCGACGUCGACGACUUCCAACACGCUCGGCGACCUGAAGCAGGAUGUUGAGCUCGGGAGCCCGCCCGAAGAUAGCAUCUCGGACCUCGCGUUCAAUCCGAACCCGGCCGACCUCAAGGACUUCUUGGCGGUGGCGAGCUGGGACAAGAAAGUGCGCAUCUACGAGAUCAUGAGCAAUGGCCAAGGCCAAGGGAAGGCCCAGAUCGAGCACGACGGCCCCGUGUUCUCGGUCGACUUCUUCAAGGAUGGCCAAAAGGUGAUCUCGGGCGGCGCCGACAAGCAAGCCAAGGUGCUGGACCUCGCCACCGGCCAGAUGCUGCAGGUCGCGCAGCACGACCAACCCGUGCGCAGCGUGCGCUACUUUGAGAGCAACGGCACGCCGAUGGCCGUCACCGGCUCGUGGGACAAGACGAUCAAGUACUGGGAUUUCCGCACUCCGCAGCCAGCGGGCACGGUGACCUGCCAGGAGCGCGUCUAUACGAUGGACGUGCGGGAGAACCUGCUCGUUAUUGGCACGGCCGACCGGUACAUCAACGUGAUCAACCUGAAGGAGCCGGUGAAGUUCUACAAGACGCUGCAGAGCCCGCUCAAGUGGCAGACGCGGGUAGUCAGCUGCUUCACCGACUCGCAAGGCUUCGCGAUUGGCAGCAUCGAGGGCCGGUGCGCGAUCCAAUAUGUCGAGGAUAAAGACUCGAGCCUGAACUUCUCCUUCAAAUGCCACCGCGACCCGCCGCAAGGGAACGUGACCAACGUGUACGCGGUCAACGACAUCUCGUUCCACCCGCAGCACGGCACCUUCAGCACGGCGGGCAGCGACGGCACGUUCCACUUCUGGGACAAGGACGCCAAGCACCGGCUGAAGGGGUACCCGAACGUCGGCGGCAGCAUCACGGCCACGACGUUCAACAAGACGGGCAGCAUCUUCGCCUACAGCAUCAGCUACGACUGGUCCAAGGGCUUCCAGGGCAACACGCCCUCGUACCCGACCAAGGUGAUGCUGCACCCCGUGCAGCAGGACGAGUGCAAGCCGCGGCCGAGCGCCAAGAAAAGGUAACGUUUAGGACAAAACAGCGGUAAGGUGCUUGGGGGGAAAAGUCAGGGGGAGGAGAGUCGAGAGUCGAGCGGCGACGUUCCGUGUGCAGUGAGGCCGUCGAGCUUGGCUGUGGACCACGGCAGGUAAGAGAAGCCACGAACAAGCAGCUGCGGGUUGCAUACGGCCUCGUUAUACACAGAAUGAUGAGAUACCAGCGUAUAAGGACGGUGACGGUGGCUUGGGACAUAUCAUCGACAGUUAGGGAGAGAUGAACAACUAGCUAGUUUGUUAUUUUUCGCUUGUCCGGACAGAUCUGUCCGUUCAGGGUAGCCAAAAGAGCUGCGCUCAAACCCGAGUUCGGAGCAACCUGCAACCUGGAACCAGAUAAAAGUGAAUGGGAAAGAGCCAGCUCAAUCAAGCUCAAGCCGCAGCAGCAGGUCCACC